GCAAUAGAGAAAUGGUCAAGCAAGAUAUUAUCCUACUGAAAGGCGUCGUUCUGCUUAUUUCAUUGUUUAUCGCCAUCCACGAUGUGAAAACAUAUACACUAAGAGACAACUGGACGGAAGCCGUACAACAAUAUAGUCGUGUAUACCGAAAGGCCAAGGUGGUGGAAUAUGAAAUGCUGAUAAUGGCGACCAAUAAUGACUUGAAAUUCACACAAGGACAGUUUGAAAUCGAACGUCGGAAUGUGGAGCGCGAAUUCAUGUUGAAAUGGGCAGUUGGUUAUCUUAAAGCUGUGAAAGAUAUUUAUGAACUGAGAAAUAAUGGAGACAUCGCGAAACUAGAACUUCAAUAUUCAGGUGAAUUUUCUCAAAUUCCUAAGAACGCAUGUUAUCACAUGCAAAGUGAAACGGAAAAUCAGACGAUUCGAGAAAUAAUACGAUACGGUUGCGAUGUCAUGUAUAAAUAUGCUUCGUUGAAAUGGAUGGCCAGAUUACACCUAGAUAACUUGACAGCUGAAUAUCUGCGAGAAUCGGAUAGAGGAAACUCCUUCAAACUUCAGAAAGUCAGAAGUAUAAAUUAUUUCUUGAGUAAAGAGAGAUUCAGAAGUGCCAAAACAAUAAUGCGGAUCUACCGAGGUUUCACUGAAAAAUAUUCUCUGUCAGCAUUGAGCGAAUUCAUCAAGUAUCAGGGUGUAAAAUUUUUAUCGGACUCAGACAAACAACUGAAGGUGCUUAAUAAAACGGUGGGAAAUUUCAACAAAUCUGCUGAACUUCUGGGAGGAGCUGUGAAGACCAUGGAAAACUGGAGAAUGGAAUUCAUGAAAUAUGCCCAUCCUUAUUGGAGAGUAUUUGCAUUGGUCAAAGAAAUGGACGAGGAGAGCAAGCAUGGAUACGCAACCGUGGUAACCUCUGAAGAAGGGAAUGAAUGAAGACGCAUUCAUGACAGAUGAAUGACAGGUAAUGAUGUCGGAAGGUGCACGAUUGUCAUUGGUGGUCAGGAGGCUUUUCUUUCUUUUCUCUUAAUAAACGUUGGUGCUACAAA